GUACAGCACUGCCCUGAAGUGACAUCGCAUUUCUAAAAUUAAUCUCGACUCUUUCGAUUUGUUAAUUUCCCAGCAUGAUAGCGUCAUUAACCGCAUACAGAUAAUGUGAGGUGAUUCUGAUUUGCGAUCUAAAUAACAUUAGAAACAGAUAGCAAAGAUCAGUUGAUCUUCCUUGACUCCACCCUAUCGACUUACUUCAGCUUACGAAACUGUACCCUUACGACAACGACAACUCCUGCCAACAACUUGAUCGUUUGGUUUCAGAAUCACUCUACUUUUCAUCAUGAGUAACAUCACCGCCUGCAUGGAACCUCAGACCCUUGUUUCUUCCAUUUUAAAGCCUGUUUAUAUUUUGGAGUUCAUCUUUGGGUUGCCUGGGAAUGUGUUUGCUCUGUGGAUUUUGUUCUUCAAGUCUCCAUGGAAAGCCUGCAAUGUUUAUCUCUUCUGCCUGGUGAUAUCUGACCUCCUACUCCUCACCGGGCUGCCUUUCCACAUUGAUUAUCUCUUUCGUGGGGAAGACUGGAUAUUUGGCGAAUCCUUCUGCCGCCUCAUUGCAUACAUCAUAUCAGUGAACUACUCAGCAAGCAUGGCUUUCAUGUCAAUUUUAGCCGUGGACCGUUUCUUCAGGAUCCUUCACCCACACCAUCGCAUUUGUCGAACGAGUGUGAGACAGGCAGUAAUGUUGGUUACCACAGUUUGGCUGGUUGUUCUACUCCUUCGCCUUCCAACCGCCCUGAGCGUGGUUCUCACACCACAGAAAAACUCUUCGAAGCUCACAUGCCACGGUUUUCUCUCAUGGACGUGGCCGUCGGUUCAGAUGAGGAUAUAUAAUUCUGUACAGCUGAUAGAGGCUCUGUUUGCAUUUGCACUGGUUGUUAUCUGUUUUGUGAGGGUGUCCUGUCACGUCAACGGUCGCCAGUCUAAGGGAGCUCACCGCAGGGUGAAGCGGGCAGUGAGAUUGCUUCUGUUUCUUGUGAUCAUGUUUGUUCUGUGUUUUCUGCCUAAAGUCACUUUUGGCAUCUUCCUUCAAGUGUUGUCCUGUUCGAAAAUUCUCAUGGUGUGUUUUCAUGCCUCUCUAGCUUUAGCUUACAUGAAUAGUGCAUUGGAUUCAGUCAUCUACUGCCACAUUAACGCCUGGUUCCGUGACACCCUAAAGGGCAAAACUAACUCACUAGGGCUGACGAAGUUCAAGAUGAGUGCGAAGACAAACAGAAAACGUUGAUCUACCUGAGAAACUGUUGUUUUUUUCAACAAAUAUGAGUAAUUAUCAUAAGUACAUUUUAUAGGUCAGGCUUCUGGUCUCAUCCGCAUCCAGCUAUUUUUACAGCUCGUUUGGCUGUUUGAUAUUGCAAAUUGGUGUGUCUUACCAUCUUAUUUUAAUGUAUUAUCUUAAUUAUGAACACACCGGUUUGUAGUGUGAACAGUUUUACCGUUUACUCCACGUGGUUAUUCUUCUCAUUAUUUCCAUAUAGUGGCUAAUGAACCAGAAGUCCCACUCAUAGGCUUACUUUCACAUUAAAGAAUUAAGGUGGAUAGUUCACAUAUUAUUAUUCACUUAAUAUUCUCUUUUGUGUUCUACAACAGUCAUAUAGGUUUGGAACAACAUGAGGGUGAGAAAAUGAAAAUUAAUUUCUAUGUGAACUAGGCUGAAGGCUGUUCACACCAAGGACCGUAGCUAUAAAGAUAACGAUAAAGAUAUCCACCUUAUUUUUCCUGUAAGAGUGGGCGCCGCCAUCUGUAAAAUUUAUGAGUCUGGCUGCUGGUCUCAUCCGCGUCCAGCGAUUUUUAGCUGUACAACAGCUCAUUUUGUAGCUUGAAAUUGCAAAUUGGUGUGUCUUACCAUAAAAUUUUAAUGUAUUGUAUCUUAAUUACGAAGACAUUGGUUCGUAGCGCAGUUUUACCGUUUACUGGACGUUGUUAUUCUUCUCGCUAUAAUUGCGGCUAAUAAACCAGAAGCCUCUUCCACAGGUUUAAAGGAGAAGUCCACUUCCAAAACAAAGAUUCACAUAUAAUGUACUCACCUCGUUGUCAUCCAAAAUGUUCAUGUCUUUCUUCAGUCAUAAAGAAAUUGUUUUUUGAGGAAAACAUUUCAGCAUUUUUCUCCAUAUAAUGGACUGAUAUGGUGCCACGAUUUUGAACUUCCAGAAUGCAGUUUAAAUGCAGCUUCAAACGAUUCCAAAUGUGGUUGUAAAUUAACCCAGCCAAAAAAGAAGGGUCUUAUCUAGCCUUAUCUUACCUUGGCUCUAAAUCGCCAAAAUGUCCUGGAUUCGGCUUUUGCUUCCUACAGUCGCUAUUAACUCGGUGCAUUUUUGUAUUAAAGCCUUGCACGGGACUGUUUUCUAGAUCCUGCUGAAGUUCAGGCCAUUACUACCUGCUCACACGAUCAUUUUAAUAUUGAAUAUAUUUUUGCGCUAUCAUAUGCGGAGUAUUUAAAUUUUUUUGAAUGAGCGGCUGUUUACUUUCUUUUUCAAUUUCGCGAUCACACGCACUCUGUAUAAAGGGAGCACAUCUAACAAGAUCAGAUAUGAGCACAUCCUCCAGCAUGAUUUGUCAAUAAUCUCUCCUUUCUCUUGUCUUGACUUGACCCAUGAUCAGUUAAAUCUGAUGCAGGGUUGCCAAAUCCACAUUUUUUUGCACGGAAUCGGACUGAUCUUAAACUGUUGCGAAGAGUUGUUUUUUUUCCGUGGUUAAUUGUUUGAAAUAUUGCAUAAAUAACAUUUGACUGAAAUGCUUGUAUUGAAACAUUUUGCAUUCUUCCUGUGAAAAAACUGUGCAAUACAUUAAGCUUUGUGAUGGCCGCUGGUAGGAAGCCUUUUAGCUGUGUUUAUGAUCAAUCUGCACAAGGGUGACUGUAAAAUAUACAUUUUAGAUAUAGAAAUGAAAUAUUUAGAUUUUUGAUAUGGGAUAUGUUUGGAAAGUACACCGUGAAAAACAAUUUGUUAAGUCAACUUAAAAUAAUUUGUAACCUGGCUGCCUUAAAAUUUGAAGUUCAGUCAACUCAAAAAAAAAGUUUAUGCAACUUGAAAUGUUAAAUUAUACUAAGUGACAACUUAGAUAUUUGAGUUGAAUCAACUUAAAAUUUUAAGGCAGCUGGGUUACUUACCCAUCUGUUGAGUUUAGCAAACACAAAUAUCUAAGUUGUUACUUAGUACAACUUAACAUUUCAAGUUGACUAAACUUAUUUUAGUUGACUGAACUUCAAAUUUUAAGGCAGCAGGGUAACAAAUUAUUUUAAGCUGACUCAACAAAUUGUGUUUUUUAUUUUUUACAGAGUAGACUGUUUUUUGGACUUUUUUUUUGCAAACUAAAAUAUGGUCACCCUAGUUUAACAGGUGAUAUCGUAGUUAUUGUUAUUUGUGUGAAUGGGUCUUAACUCUAGACAGACUUAAUGGAUGAUUAUUUUACACAAUAAGUCCUAUAUGCUAUACUGUACAGCUUUCUGUAUUUUGUUGUCAUAUUUCCUGUCUGUAUUUAUAACCAACAUGCAUCAUUGAUUGCUUUUUGUAUAUUACACAGACGUACAAUCUG